UUACUUGAGUACUAACACACUUAAUGAUCUCUUUAUUACUUAAAUACUCGUUUAUUAUAUAUGUUAUAUUGUAAGUUAAAGAAAACAUAAUAUAUUGAUGGAUUAGGGCGUAUAUGUAACGGAUGUUCAUGCAGUUUAAGCUGUGCACGGUUUUUUAUAUGUGAAAUGUUUAUAUAGUUUGGACUAGCUUGUAUUGUAACAGAAGCCUAUGGAAAUGGCAGCAACAUGUAUCAAGUGUUGUAGAAAUGAGGAAGAUGAACUAAUUCAUCAUCGACUAGGAGAUUUAAACGAGGAGAGUCCAUUGAUAGCUGCCCCUCACAGAGGUCAUACUUAUUUACCAAGGAAGGAUUAUGAGAGUCUUGACUACGACAUUUGCUUUAAUAAACCACUUGAAGAACAUCUGGCUGUACAAACAAAGGAACAUUCAUUAAGUAAGAUUGAGAUCAUUAAAUGGAUAAUAACAUUCCUGAUCGGAGUUUCUACUGGUCUUGUAGCGUUUUUCAUAGAUACAAUUGUGAAAUUAUUGUCUAAACUGAAGUUUUCAACAGUAGACCAAUCUAUACAAGUUUGUUCUGAAGAUGGUUGUCUUGUAGUGUCUCUAGUUAUAAUGGUGUUGUUUAAUGCUGGUUUCGUGUUUAUAGCUACCUGUCUUACAGUCUAUGAGCCAGUUGCCGCUGGAUCAGGAAUUCCAGAAAUUAAAUGCUAUUUGAAUGGUAUUAAAAUUCCUCGGGUAGCACGAUUGAAAUCUCUGAUAGCAAAGGCUGUUGGGGUCUUGUUUAGUGUUGCAGGCGGACUAUUUGUUGGUAAAGAAGGACCAAUGAUACACAGUGGAGCAAUUAUUGGUGCUGGUAUACCACAAUUUCAGAGCAUUACUUUCAAAAAGGUGAAAUCAAAAUUUGAUUUCUUCAGAACAGAUAGGGAUAAACGUGACUUUGUUUCCGGGGGAGCGGCAGCGGGUGUAGCAGCUGCAUUUGGUGCUCCUAUUGGUGGUGUUCUCUUUAGUUUGGAGGAAGGUUGUUCUUUCUGGAAUCAGAAGUUGACAUGGAGAACUUUCUUCUGCUCAAUGUCGGCAACAUUUACAUUAAACUUCUUCCUCAGUGGGCUGGAUUAUAGUGCUUGGGGAUCAUUCUAUUCUCCCGGGCUUAUAAACUUCGGAGUAUUUAAGUGUGCAGAAGAAGAAAAGACUAAUGGAACGUGUAGAUUAUGGACGGCCAUUGAUCUGUUUAUAUUUAUACUCAUGGGUAUUAUAGGAGGGUUGCUAGGAGCACUGUUUAACUAUCUCAAUAAAUGUCUUACCAUUUAUAGAAUGAGACAUGUCAAUACAAAACAUUACAGAGCAAAGAUAUUUGAAGCAUUGCUGGUAGCUAUGGUGACAACAACAGUAGCAUUUCUGGCAGCUAUGACUUUAGGCAACUGCAAACCAGUUCCAGCAGUGCUGAUAAACCAAACUUCACCAAACAUUGAAGACACUGUCCGCACAUAUUUCUGUAAGGAAGGUUAUUACAAUGAUAUGGCUACGUUGUUCUUCAAUUCACAGGAGGAGGCCAUCAAACAAUUGUUUCAUCAACAACAAGGCCAGUUUAGUUUGAGAAGUUUGGGACUUUUCUUCAUUUGUUUCUUCCUCCUCGCUUGCUGGACAUAUGGUACAGCUGUCCCGAGUGGUUUAUUUGUUCCCUGCUUGCUAUGUGGAGCAGCGUACGGAAGAUUUGUUUCUAAACUUCUAGUCAGUGUUAUAGGUUAUGACAGAGGGGUACAUUCAGGUACGUUUGCAUUGAUUGGGGCAGCAUCAUUUCUAGGUGGCGUGGUUAGAAUGACCAUUAGUCUUACAGUUAUACUGAUAGAGUCUACUAACGAGAUCAGUUAUGGCCUACCUCUUAUGCUCUCUUUAAUGGUUGCGAAAUGGUCUGGGGACUUCUUUAAUGAUGGAUUGUAUGAUAUACAUAUUCAUUUAAAAGGUGUGCCUUUGUUGGAAUGGGAUACACCGUCUGACAUGCAUCGUUUGCUCGCAAAGAAUGUAAUGAGUAGCGACAUACAUUUUAUUUUUCCGCGAACAAGAGUGGCUGUUUUACAAGGAAUAUUAAGAACCACUGCUCACAACGCCUAUCCGGUAGUUAGCAUUGUUGAUAAAGAUGACAUAGCCGACAUUGGUGAUAUCAGUGUGAAUAAUGAUGUUGCUAGCAAAUCAGAUCUUGAUCCUACUCAAAUAAAACAAAGUGGACGGUCUAGAAUUCUGAAGUUUGAAGGUAUAAUCCUACGAUCUCAGCUAAAUGUUCUCUUAAAGAAUAAUGUAUUCUAUCAAGAGACAGCGCAAGCCAGCACACAGCCUUUGAUCAGUUACAACACAUUAACGGAAGACUACCCAAGAUACCCAGACAUUGUUGACAUCAGAAACAGAGACAUCUCAGAUACUCAAUAUAUCAUUGAUGUAAAACCUUAUAUGAAUGCGACACCUUACACAGUAUAUCCUGACACGUCAGUCCCACAAGUUUUUAACUUAUUUAGAAGCAUGGGCCUUCGCCACCUACCUGUUGUGGAUCAUUUCGGACAGAUCCAGGGGAUUAUUACAAGACACAAUCUAACCCACGAAUUCCUUGAAGAACGUCAAACAGAACUAAAUGAAAUGCAGGAUUUGAACGUGUUUGAUAGAACUAGGACUUCCUGAAUAAACAUAUUUAUAUUCGUAAUGUAGUGAAUAUUAUAUGACUACAUGAAUAUGUUUCAUUAUUAUAUGUACAAACUGUAGAUUUAUAAA